AUGGGUUGCAUUAUGGUAAAGAACACAACUGAGCAUUAUAAGAAACUUGACGAGGAUGAAGUGGAUACGUGCUUGACUCGUACUUGGGAAACGCAAUGUAUUUAUGCCAAUAUAGAUGCUGAACCUAUAGUACCACCUCUGAAUUUAUCGUUAUUGAUUAAAAAACAGUAUUAA